AUGCUUGAUGUCAAUACAACGAACACGUCUCAAUCACAUCAUUUACUCAUUAUGAUAGAGUACCUUGUUGAUCAAAAAAAGUAUUUCUAUUGGAUACUGUUACAUAUGUACACAGUAUUAUGUAUUGGGUCGAUUAUAAUAUUAGGAAUAGGUACAUUGCUCAUUACAUAUAUUAAGCAUAUUUGUGGAAUAUUAAAAAUUACUAGCUAUCGCAUUAAGCACGCAGUAAACAAUGAUAUUCCACGAAAUGUUAUACUAAAAAAUAAAAUUUUGAUGAUCGAAGGUAUAAUUUUUGCCGUAGACAUUCAUCAUCAAGAUGUGAAAAUGACGAAACAUUUCAUGACUACAUUCGAAAUAAUGAUAUCUUGUUUCAUGGAAUGUGUAAUAGUUUGUUGUACCUAG